AUGAAUAAACAUGAGUGGGACAGCAACACAUUUGAAGAUAUCGACUGGAAAUGCCAUGGGAGGGCACUCAAUCGCUUGGAUCACCAUCGCACCUCCCUCACCAAGUACCUUUGCAAUUGGCACCCCGUCGGUAAACGUGUCAACAAAUACCACCCCAAAUAUCCCAUUGCAUGCGCAUCCUGUGGUGCCCCAGAAGAAAACAGAGAACACGUCCUGAGAUGCCCCAAGCGACAAUCAGAACGAACGGCAUGGAAGAAGGCACUCAAGCAAUACACCGACAAGCACAACACUCACCCAAUGCUACAAACACUUCUUCUCUCAGCACUCCAAAAAGUACUCGAUGGAGAAGAUACCACAGGAAUUGAAUACGAUGACAGUGUUGCCGAUAUCGCAAACGCCCAAGCAGCCAUCGGUUGGGAUCAGCUCCUCAAGGGACGACUAUCCAAACAGUGGGCGCAACGCCAGGAUCAACACCUUAAGGAAUGCAAUCUCAAAACACAUCGGAAAAAUGGCCAAACCUGGCUCACAGGGAUUAUUCAAGAAUUGCUCAACCAGUGGUUCGAACUCUGGGAGGCCAGGAAUCAUGAUCGGCAUGGCAAAGACGCACAAACCAAGGCACAGGCAGCCAACCAACAGGUUAUCCAUGAACUUCAGCUGCUAUAUGACAAAUACACCGGAAACCUCAGAACGGAACAGGCAUGGCUUCUCCAAACACCAAUCAACACAAGAUCCCAAUGGCCCACGGCAUCAAUCCGACAAUGGAUCAACACUUGGGAACCAGUCCUUGAAGAGAGUUACGCCACACAGCUUGAGACUGGGUAA